AUGUCGUACCGAAAAGUUGCACUUUUGGCGGUCGGAUCGUUCAAUCCACCGACAAUUGCGCAUUUAAGAAUGUUAGAGACAGCUCGCUCACAUCUCGAAUCGAAUAAUAUAGUAGUCCUUGAGGGAAUAAUGAGCCCAGUCGCAGAUUCAUAUAAUAACAAAUCAACGCUAAUAAAGGCUAAUCAUAGGUUCAAGAUGGUAGAAGCUGCAGUCAAGUCAUCGAAAUGGAUUAGAGCAGAUGAUUGGGAAUGCACGAGACCAACUUGGACACGAACAUUAGCAGUACUAACACAUCAUAAAGAGGAAUUGCAGAAGAAAUUCGGACCCGAAACCGGACUGAUGCUCGUCGUCGGCGGUGACGUCGUCGAUUCUUUUUCUAAGGUUCUUCCCGAUGGAUCAACACUUUGGAAUCCGUGUGAUAUUGUGAAAAUAAUAAUGGAUUUUGGACUUGUUAUGAUUGCAAGAGAAGGAUCAACGCCAUUGGAAACAGUUAAAAGCAUGAGGGAUAUUGCGCAAUACGCGAAAAAUAUAAUAAUGAUCAAGGAUGAAGUGUGUCCAUGCUCAGUAAGCUCAACUCGACUUCGUGCUGCAAUCGCCGUUGAUAAAUCAAUAAAAUACUCGACGCCUGACGAAGUCAUCGAGUAUAUUCGCGAGCAUUCGUUGUACAAAUGA